AUGGAUCUCCACAGGAGACGAUUACGGUUUUCGGCUUGUGCUCUCGGCCUGGUUUCAGCAAGCAUUGCUUUCUCACGUGCACCUGGUCACCACGCACGCGUUCCGGCCAAAGUAGUCAGUCACACGCAGAUGCAAGUCGUCCAACCGUGGAGCGCAGCGUUUGAGGAGAGCUGGCAAGUGCCUUCCAAUGCGUUGUCUGGAAGCCUUUUGCGGAAAGAUGGGCAAUACGUUGCGGCAAUCGAGUGGGCAUCCCAGGCGGAUUGCGAUGCUUGGCUUGAACAGCCUGGCAUGGAACAAACCCGAGCCCUCACAGCCCAGUACGUGGUCUGCGGCAUGUCACACGAUGCGCCAGCAGUCACGACGACAAGUGCUCCUCAGCAGAAGGCAUUCGCCCGUGAGCUGAUGGACAAGGCCUUCGAAGGCGGUGUUCGGAGCAGGGCUGACUUAGAUGCGCUGAAUCGAGCUCCUGAGGUGGAUCCAUCGGUCUUGUUUGCAAUCUCUGCAGGCGAGGACGUGGACAUUGAUGAGUCUGAUGAGGUGUUGAUCUCCGGGGGAGAUCCUAUGUUCCUCAGCGAUGAACAAUGGUCAAGAAGGGUUCCGAAUGUUCCGACAAAUUCAGCCAAAAGACAAAUUCCAAGUCAAGCGAUGAACGACCAUGAUGAAGAAAACGACGAAGAAGAUGUGCUAUUCCAUGGAGGCGAUCCAACAUUCCUUGAUGACACGGUUUGGGCCAGUAGUGCAGGCAAAAAGCAUGAAGUCGGCGAGCCAUGCGCGCACUUUGGCAACGUGUCAUAUCUCCUUGCCGAGGAGUAUGACGCGUGGCACAAGAAGGCAAUUGCACAAGCUCCCAGAUUAGACCUGAAGGAGCUUAAGGCGCAAAAUUCAAAGCCCAUCAAAAGGCUGCAAAGAGUCCUUCAUGUGGUGCCAUAUGUGCGCGAGGAGUUUCCACAACUUGCAGAGCCUGCGGGUUUGUCUCCCAGGAAUACGAAGGGUUCUAUUCCAGCAGACGUCCGCGCUGAACAUUACGGCACUGUCGUGGGACGCAUCGUCAGCCAGCGGAUUCCUCUGCUGCUGGUGGACAAGAGGAGGAGUCCUCCAGGUUACCUGCAGCCAGAAGAAGAGCUCAGGUUCAGCGAGGGCUUUGAGGUUGUUGCUGGCACCCAAGGGAAGUCCUGCGUGGAAGUUUGUCAGAUGAGGAGUGCGAAGUGCGAGAAGCAACAGAUAUACUUCUUGAACGACUGCAACCUCCUGAAGCUGCACUUCCCUUGCGAGGCUGGCUGCGCGCACCAGGUAGGCAAAGAGCUUCCAGUCUAUGUCCCAGAUGAAGCUGAAGCCACAAAGGGGCAGUGCUUGCUGACCUUCAUCUCGCCCGGGGCAUGUGAGGCGAAGCACAAGAGCACAUCGCGCCUCUGUCCCUGCACCAAGAAAGGGAGGUGA